UCCAGGCAAUGGCGCCCACAGGGGUUCCCUGGGCUCCCGGCUUGUGGCGGGCCUGCAACUUGCUCAUGUCAGCUUUCUUCGCCCUGGCCGCCGUGGUGCAGGUGAAUGAUCCAGAUGCAGAGUUCUGGGUGGUGGUGUAUAUGAUCCCUGCAUUGCUUACCCUGCUUGUUGGGUUUAAUCCUCUUGUCACAGGUAAUUUCAUCUGGAAGAGUGUGUCUGUGAUACACAUGCUGAUCUGCGUGCUGUGGGCCGGCGGCUUGGCAUACCACUUCUUGCGCCAUGCACAGCAGAGUAUCCUAAACGAGGAAGAAGGCAGAGAGCUGUCUGGCCUGGUGAUCAUCACAGCCUGGAUGGCACUGUGUCACAGUUCAGCAAAGAAUCCAGUUGGUGGAAGAAUGCACUUGGCUAUUGCUGUUGCGAUCGCUCUUUUCCCACUCAUUUCAUGGGUCUACAUAUACAGAAACAAGGAGAUGCGGUCCUCCUGGCCAGCUCACUGCAAGACAGUCAUCUAGAUGAAUUCAAUAGCGGUUAAAUUAGUAUUUUCAAUAUUUUGUACACAUUAGGUAUAAAUAAAUCAGGAAAUAGGACAGUUUCCCGGUUUAUUUCAAGAAAUUUGAGUGAAUACUAGAGAUGAUUCAAAGUCUUGAGAAUUUAACAGGACUGCCUGCAAUGUGAAGACUGGACAGAUAAGAAGUGGGCCCCGAUUCUCCAGAGGCCUCUUCUCGCACAGCAGUGGAACAGGCACUGAGCAGAAAUUUGAGCUUGAAUUCAGCCUUCGUGCUAUGUGACAGGGGCAAAACCAGGAAUGUCCUGGUGGAUAGAUAUUUCCUCGUGUAUAAAGUAGGGUGCUUUAGUUACUGCAACCGAACAGAUGUGAAGGCACCCCGAGAAGAUAGAGUGUGCAGAUUACAAAGGACUGUCUGUGAUUACAGAGAGAGGGGGCAGAGGUUGGGAAAUAUGCAGACACAGCGGUCAAUUCAGGAAAAGACUGUAAUCCCUGGCUCAGUGACAUGAACUACAGAAAACUCUACGACAUGUGAGUCAAAUGAUAGGCUUGGCCUGCAAUGAAAGUAGAAAACCGUAGAAAUUAAACAAAGUAUAGAAAAGAUUAAUUUGGAAUAUAGAGAAGAUGGAUAGGGAAUAUUAAUCAUAAUUUCUUAUUCUCAGUGAAAAAUAAGAUGGAAAUCUAUGUUCUUUUAAUUGAUGUGACCGUACUGAGAACACUGUAGGGUGACACCAUCCAGAGCAGCCACACCUUACUGAGCACUUGGCUUGUGGGCAGGGUCAACAAAGAAGUAAAUUCGUAACUUUGUACUUUUAGAAGCAGGUACUCAAUUGCCAGAAAAAGUUGUGUGCUUGGAAUGACGUGCGUAUGUGCGCAUGCACCAAGUAUUUGGAACAGUGUAGUCAGGAGACUGUGCUCCAGUACAAACAAUAAAGUUUAGAGAUAUAAACACAAAUUGUAUUUUAUACUGAUUAUAUGCUGAAAAAUUGAGAUAAAUUAAGCUAAAUAAAAUAUAUUGUAUUUACU